AUGAGAUUUAAUUUUUGUACUUUUAAUUAUACUGCUUACGGAAAAUUAAUUAAUUAAUGUAUAAGGAAAAAUAAACAAUUUAUUUUAUGCUAAACAACCAGGAUUUUUUAUAUAUAAGUAGAUGAUAGUUUGGAGUAUGGGAUAAAUAAUUUAAGUACUUUUUAUUUAGUCAUUGGAAUGGAAUGGAGUAGGUCUAGGGAGAGGGAGAAGAUGAGAAAAUAAAGAGAGAAAGUAGAUACAAAAAAGGAAAAACACUACAAGUUAUAAAAAGAUGAGAUAUUCAAUUAAAGAUAUUUAUUUGUGUAGGCCAUUUCAGAUGGAACAUUUGGAAGAGUAGUGAGGGUGUUUGAUGGAGGAGAGAAUGAUUUCAAGGCCAUCAAGAUCAUUAAAUCAGUCAAAAGACAUAUUCAGAGUGCCAAAAUUGAAUAUGGAAUACUGAGAACCAUUCAUUAACAGAAUCAAUAUCAUCCAGGAAAUGAGAAAAUUGUAAGAGCAUACGAAGCAUUUAGUCAUAAGGACAAUUAUUGCAUAGUUUUUGAGGAUCUUGGAUUAUCUUUGUAUGAUUUUAUGAGAGGAAAAUAUUUCGGAGGAUUUGAAUUGAAAGCAGUUUAAUAAAUACUAUUUGACUGUCUCUAGGGUUUAGAUUUUAUGCAUGCAAGUGGAUACACUCACACAGAUCUUAAACCUGAGAACAUUCUACUAAUAGACAAAUAAUAGAAAGGGAAAAAAGAAAAUCAUUAUCAUGUAAAAAUAAUAGACCUUGGAGGAGCAGUAUUUUAGACAGAGUGUCAUUCUUAAUUAAUUAACACAAGAUAAUACAGAGCACCAGAAGUUAUCCUCAAAAAUAACUGGACUAAUUUAAGUGACAUGUGGUGUAUGGGUUGCAUAGCAGUCGAAUUAUUUACAGGCCAACAAUUGUUUAGACCAAAAGGCAAUGACUUUUUUCACUUGGCAAUGAUUGAAAAACAUUGCGGUCCAAUUCCUAUUGAGAUGAUUUAAUAGUGUAGAAAUGAAGCCAGGGAAUACUUCAAUGAAUACUAACUGAAUGACUCCUUUUUGAAAUGGCCGGAUGAUUCAAUUAUGGUUUAAGAGUUGAGUCUGAUGAAGGUAUUUAGAGCAUUUAUACCAUAAAAUUAAUACGAGUUGAUAAAUCUAAUAGAGAACUUAAUUGUGAUAGAACCAUUAAAAAGAUUGACUCCUAAAUAAGCAUUGGAACAUGACUUUUUUAAAUUAAAAUUUAAUUGA